ACCUAUUCCUUGGUAAAGAAAAAAAGAUCCCACCAUCCAUGAAACAAAAAUUUCCCAUUUGACACAAGAUUGGGAGCAAGGGUUUGUGUUCGUUAUUCUUUUCUCCAUUCAACAAACCUUCUCAUUCCCUUUUGAUUUGACCCCUUCUUCUUUGAUUCCUUCUGCUUUUUAAAUCUGUUGAAACCCACAACAACUGCUUCUUGAUCCAUUCAUUGUUGAUUAGUAUGAUUGAUUUUUAGUGCAAAAUCUUGGGUUCGAGCUUAAACCCAUUGAAAAAGACUCGUCUUUUUUGAAGAAAUCGAAACGGGUUUAUGAUAAUUUGAGGUGGGUUCUUCGAGCUGUGUUUUAAUGGCGGAUGACGAACUGGUUGAAGUCAAAUUUAGGUUAGCUGAUGGCAGUGAUAUUGGACCAAGCAAAUACACUUCUGUUACAACUGUUGGAUCUUUGAAAGACAAAAUUAUUUCACAAUGGCCCAAAGACAAAGAAAAUGGUCCGAAGACGAUAAAUGAUGUGAAGCUCAUCAAUGCCGGAAAGAUACUGGAAAACAACAAAACUCUUGGUGAAUCAAGAUCUACGGUCAGUGAAAUCCCGGGGGGUGUUAUCACUAUGCAUGUUGUUGUGCGUCCUCCGAUGGCCGAUAAAAACAGUGAAAAGUUGCAACCGAAGAAGAGCGGUUGUUCUUGCACAAUCCUAUGAAGUUUAUACAUACAAUCAGGAGUUUUUGGAUCAAGUCGAAGGAAUCUUGAGGAUGCAUUUAUCGUCGUUACAAAUUUGCUUCGAAAGAAAAUACAAUUUUAUGUUUGUAUAUGAAUAUAUAUAUAUAUAGAGAGAGAGAGAUGAAAAAGUAAGAAAUUUCAACAUUUGAUUCAAUUUGUGAUAUUAUAUUUUGGUUUUUUGCCUGGUGGUA